CAUCUCUAAAAGGAAUUAUUUUUUUACACAUUACCUGUCGUACAAUUACUGGGGCGAUAAAAUGCUACCGCUCUUUGGGACCAUGCCGAAUGGCGUUAGUUUGCCAAAUCACCCGAAUUUCCUCAACCAACUGGCGGCUGCCAUUUCCACGGCGGCGUCGACUACCUCGGUCGUGGGAAAUCCCUCAUCGCCGCCAAAACAAAACCAGAAUAAGAUGGCAAAAACCCAACAGCCGCCGCAGGGCAGUGCCCCUAUGGAUCUAGAAAAUGAGAACGAACACUCGACGGAUGUGAGCUCCACAACAGUACACAAGGAACCUAAAUUACAGGCCCCAUCCUCCUCAAUUUCCCUGCCGGAUUCGGCGCAGUUAUAUCUGAAUGGCUUGAUGCACACGCCACCGGGGUAUCUGUAUUUUCCAGCUGCCCAGGCGGCUGGCGCUUCUGCACCUGGAAGUACGCCAACUGUUGGAGGGACAUCCGCUCCAGCGACUCCUGCAGGCAACACCGCCAACGCUCAGAUGCUCAUGGAUCCCACGGCGAUGAUGGCAGCAGCCAUGCAGCAAAUGCAACAGAUGCACUACGCAGCGGCUGCAGCAGCAGGGAUGACCACGGAAGCGGGCACAGGACUAGAAGCUGCCCUCACUGCGGAUGGUGUGGCACCUGCUGGCCUAAAGGAAGUGAUCAAGACCAAAAAUUGCAUCCUGUUCCCGCCCAAUCCGAAUGCCCCACCACCUACGAUUAGGGAGCGGCCGCCCGGCUGCCGGACUGUGUUCGUCGGUGGACUGCCGGAAAACAUAACCGAGGAGGUGAUCCGGGAGAUCUUCGAGUCGUGCGGCGAGAUCACCACGUUGCGCAUGUCCAAGAAGAACUUCUGCCACAUACGCUAUCGCCAGGAGGGGGCCAUAGAUAGAGCCAUCUACCUAUCGGGCUAUAGAUUGCGUAUCUCGGCGCUCAAUGAACCUCCCAACUUUGGGCGCCUGCAUGUGGACUAUGCACAGGCACGGGAUGAUCAGUACGAUUACGAAUGCAGGCAGAGACAACAUCAGAGAGAGCAGCGGCAUCGGGAGCGCAUGUCAAUGGACAGGAUGCGGUCGCAGUCGCCGCCGCCAAUACCACACUAUACGGAUCACGAGGCCACGGCCGUGGCAGAGCAUCUGCGCACCAACGAAACGUUUGUGAAGGCAAUCCAGACGAUAACCGCCUGGCUGGAGCGGGGAGACUGCACCAAGAGAAAUGCCAAUGUCUUUUACUCGAUGAUCCAGAGCACACAUGCGCAUGUACGAAGGCUUCACGCCGACAAACUGCAACUGGAGGAAGAUCUAAAGAAGGCCAGGGAUAGCUAUCGCAACCAAAUGGGCACCAUGUCCACGCAAUUCACUCAGAUUGAAAAAGUGUUCAAUGCCGCUAGUCACAAGAAGGUUUGGGACCAUUUCACCAAAGCCCAAAGAAAAAACAUCGAUCAAUGGAAGAAGUUAGCAACGGAACUUCGAACUGUCCAGAUCACCGACGAUGAUGAAAUGGAAAUCUCUGACGACGAGCGUGACUACGAAAGGCGUGGACCAGGCGCCAAGCGUAUUCGUUACGACAGUGAGGGGUUAAAGGACGAGAACGAUUCUUUGCGCUGUCAACUGGAGGCCAUUCGUCAUGAGAUGACUUUGGAGCGCAGCGACUACGUCCAGCGUGAGAAGCAAAUCAAAGUGCUGCAAGAAACUAUUCGCAACAUGCAAACUCAGCUGCUGCAGACAAAGAUGCGCGAACAGAAGGACACUAAGAUCAUAGAGCAGCUCGAGCGGAAUCUUAAAGAUGCCGGCGUUAAGCAACUGCUGCUCAAGACCAAAAUUAAAGAAACAGUGGAUAAAUUAAAGGACAAAGAAGCGAAUGGAACCGGCAACUCAAAUGCUUCCAGCGCCUCAAAUCUCGAUUACAGCAGUGGAGAUUCGCGCAGUCCGGAGGCGACCGAUACUAUCCGGCAACAACCGCAGCCGGAACCGGAAAUUAUUGAUAUCGAUAAAGUGGACGAUGAUGUGCGCAUCAUAGAGCACCAAAGCGGUGUGGUAGAAAUUCACGAGAUCGAGGACGAUGAUAAGCAGGAGCCUACAGAAAAUACUGCGGAAAGCAAUAAAAAGGAGUCAAUUAUAGAAGAUAGUUCAAAGUCAAAUAUUGAAGAGACUUUAAAUAAAGCCAGCGAAGAGAAUACUCAUACCACGCCAAGGGAAGAGGCCACCUUUAAGUCCCUGGCUCUUUCGGAGGCCAAGAUAAUUGCUUUAACCUCCGCUUACCUGGUGCUGCAUCCCCAUGGCGUGGACAUCGCCAACAUAGCCAGCUACUUAAGCGGAAUUCUGUGCAACAACUCCGUAACCAGUAACCAUGAUGAUCUUGCCAAUAUACUCGGAAAGUACACAAAUCUCUUCAAGUCAGAUCAGGUCAAGUGGAGCUUCUGUGGCUUCAACGAACCUGCAGAAUCUCAGCCGGAGUCGCAGUGAGGAGAAGAAUGUGGAGUGAAGACUCGAAUAAGAUGACAAUUGAAUGCUUUAAUUAUGUUACAACUAUAUCAUAAUGCGUAGAGAGUAAGCGGAGAGAAAAGUGACAUGUUAACCAAAGGAAAGACGCCAGUUUUUCGAUGCAAUCACAACUUAAUGAGACCAGUUCCAGUUUUAAGGGCAAGUACUCUUAGUUAACUCUAUCGGAAGAAAGACACCACAAACUAACUACCGUUUCAAUUAUUUAACAACUCAACCUACAAAAUAUAUAUACACCUAAGCUAAUUGAAUUCAAUAUAUACAAAAGAUAUAUACAUCAAUAUUUUAAAUAAGCUGAGAGGCCGAGAGCCUUGCUAAUAAGACGCAAGUGUUGCUUAUAUAUGGAAGCGAAAGAAUGGAACCAAAUAAAUUUUAUGCUAAACAA